UCGCCAGAGCUGAACCUCAGCAGAGAUAGCAGCAAGCAGGCACCUUCACGCCGCGCAGGCUAACUCGCUUUCGGCUUUGGUUCGAGAUGGAGACUCGUUGCACCGUGAGGCGAUCCAGAGCCCGCAACUUUAAGGGUGGACUGACUUUGUGGCUGAUUCUGUGGCUGGUGGUGGUGAAGCCAGGCGGGGUGUCUGCAUGCCCCAAGCUGUGUGUGUGUUACCCCACGCCUAUGACGGUCAGCUGCCAGUCCCAGAACAUUACCAUAGUGCCGGCCGGUGUGCCGUAUGACUCACAGCGUGUUUUCCUGCAGAACAACCGCAUCACAGAGCUGCGCGCAGACUCUUUUGGCUUUGAGACACAGGUCCUUUGGCUGUAUGCCAACAACAUAACAUGGAUCGAGGCUGGAGCCUUCAGUAACCUCAGGGUGCUGGAGGAGCUGGAUCUGGGCGAUAACCCACUGCAACGUUUGGAAGGUGGAGCCUUCAGGGGCUUGGAGAAGCUGCAGAGCCUGCACAUGCACCGCUGCAAGCUGGCCGCUCUCCCCCAUGACCUCUUCCACAAGCUGUACAGCCUGCAGUUCCUCUACUUGCAGGAGAAUCAGCUCCACUUUCUGCAGGAUGACCUUUUCUCAGAUCUCGUCAACCUCACCCAUCUCUUCCUGCAUGGAAACCGCAUCCGUGCUCUCUCUGAGAAUGUGUUCAGAGGCCUGGUCAACCUGGACCGCCUCCUGAUCCAUGACAACCGCAUCAGGCAGGUCAACCGUCGGGCUUUCCGUGACCUGGGCCGACUGACCAUUCUUUACCUGUUCAACAACUCCCUGGCCGAGCUGCCAGGCCAGGCCAUGAAAGACACCCAAGGCAUCCAGUUCCUCCGCCUCAAUGGCAACCCCUGGUCCUGCGGCUGUGAGGCUCGUCCCCUGUGGGAGUGGUUCCGCAAGGCCCGCAUCUCUUCCUCUGAGCUCAUGUGCACUUCCCCAUCCCAACGCCGCGGCCAAGACCUCAGAUUCCUCCGGGAGUUGGACUUCGCCCUCUGCCCUCUGCCUGACCCCGGCUCCCUGGCAGGAAGCACCACAACCACCUUCAGCACCAAAACCCGCUGGUGGUUCUCCAAGCACAAGCCUGCAUCGUCAUCCAAGUCUUCGUACCAGAAGAGCACAGAGACAGUGAAGGCCUUCCCCUUUUCUGCUGGCAAGCCUCAGUACCUCCCCAAACCCGCUGUUGAAACCUUCUCCAAGUACGAAAUGUCAGAUGAUGAGAAGGCGCUCCCCAAGGUGGACCCAGAAGAAUACUGGACUAACUACGGCAACGAAGACUCCUCCAUCCGCUGCUUUGAGCUAGAGUGCCCCCCAGGCUAUGACAACCCAGCCUUCCCCUCAUCAUCCUCCUCGCCCAGUGCCCAGUCCCUCCUCCACCUCCUCUCCCUCUCCAUAGUCACAUUCUCCCUCCAUUUCCUUUUUGGCUGAACUCUUUUCUCCUUCACCCCCUUCUCCCCUCUCUGAUUUCUCUCCCUGCUCUUUCAGACUCUUAACAAACACCUUGAUCUUGAUUCCUUUCAGUUCCCUCCUCGACCUUCAGGAGGUGCUACACUGACACAGGAGACAGGCGAGCCAGCAGGGAACUGUUUUUCAGAGCAGAUGAGUUGAGCAGGACAGGAUAACAAUGUUGAAGUAGCUGCUGCUUCUUAGUACAGGCUUUAAAGAGUAGAGAUCAGAUUAUAGAAACUGACUCUGAUAGUGACGGUACAAAGGCAGAAACCUACAACAACAUGAUGAAGUGACAGAGACACAACACUCAGACAGCUGGUGGUGUCUCCAGAUGGUUUUUGAUAACAGCUGUUAACAACGCAGGCGUUGUGACUCUUUGACAGCUUUUUUCUAUAUCAACUAGUGCUCACCAUCCACUCGACACUUAUUUAUUUCAUUCAUCAUGAGUUCUGAUCACCAGUGGCAGGAGAAAGACGUGCUUUAACACAGAUCAUGACUGUCAAGGGAGGAGAGAAGAAAAAGUAGGAGGUCAUAGUGAAAAGAAAAUCAAUACAGUUUGAGCAGAGGGAGCUUAAGAUGCUCAUCUGAAGGGCAAAAAGGAUGAGAGGAUCGUUAGAACUGCAGCCAAGAGCGGCUCUCCUCUCUCCGUUAGAUUCAAGAGAUCCCAGAGAUGCCAGCAAACCACAGCCACCCACACAUGUACAUACCAGUCAUCAUCACUGUACAUACACGCGUCCUAAACUGCUCUGUAUUUUAGACUAGCUGGAUUUUUACAUUUAAUUUAGGAUCAUUUUAGGACCACAAACAACAGCUUGUGGUGAUAGAAGAGAUGCGUAGAUUGUAACCAAAAGGCUAACACAUGAAGAGCUCUUUUUUCAACCCUUGUGUUUCCCAGUCUUGUCUCUUCCUCUCUCAGACAGCCGAAAAACUUAGAAAGGGAAGGUUUGCUCUCCAGAUUCAGAUUUUCUUUUGUUUGUGUUUGUGUGACUCAAUUUUUGUAGUUUGAGUAGGAUUGGACUGUUGUAGACCAAAGUCUUGAAAAGACCAGUUUGAUUAGGUCUCCUCUUCAAAUGAGUGUA